UUUUUUUUUAUUCUUUUCUAUUAUUAUCAAUUUCGAGAAAAUGUCGAUGGCAAGUCUUUUUGGGUUAUCUACACCUGUAGAUAUUGAGGUCUCCUUUACAAAUGAAGAACAAAGAAAACAUGUGGAAGUUAAAGUUGAUAAAGACAAAAAAGAAACAUUUCCUGUUUUUCUUGAUGGUGAAACUGUUAGUGGCAAGGUUAGCAUUGGUUUAAAAGAAGGAAGAAAAUUAGAACAUAACGGUAUUAAAGUUGAGUUUGUUGGUAGCAUAGACCUGUAUUAUGAUAAAGGAAAAUCACACGAAUUCUUAGCACUUUCACAAGAGCUUGCUGCUCCUGGUGAAUUACGUCAAAAUACUGCUUUCGAGUUUGAAUUUAAAAAUGUUGAGAAACAAUAUGAAUGUUAUAAUGGUAUUAAUGUGAAACUAAGAUAUUUUAUUCGUGUCACAAUUGCCCGUCGUUUAGCAGAUGUUGUUCGUGAAAGGGAUAUGUGGGUUCAUUCAUACAAAAUGCCAGUUGAAGUCAAUAAUUCUAUUAAAAUGGAAGUUGGUAUUGAAGACUGUCUUCAUAUUGAGUUUGAAUACAAUAAAUCAAAAUACCAUUUAAAAGAUGUCAUUGUUGGAAAGAUUUACUUUUUAUUAGUUCGUAUCAAGAUUAAAACUAUGGAAUUAUCUAUUAUUAGACGUGAAACGACAGGCGCAUUGCCAAAUGUAUAUAAUGAAAGUGAGACAAUUACCAAGUUUGAAAUUAUGGAUGGUGCGCCUGUUAGAGGUGAAACAAUUCCUAUUCGUCUAUUCCUUGGUGGUUUUGAAUUAACGCCCACAUUUAGAGACAUCAAUAAGAAAUUCUCUACUAGAUAUUACUUAAAUUUAGUACUCAUUGAUGAAGAAAAUCGUCGCUACUUUAAACAACAAGAAAUUACUUUAUAUAGACGAAAAAUUGACGAUGGUUAUCCUUCUGACAAUGAAGAAUAAUGUAAUAACAUGAUUUCCCCCUCUUUUUUUUUUUUCUUUUCUUUUUUUUUUGGCUACAAAUAUAUUAUUCCC